GCGGUCGGGUCAAGUAUUCCAAAUUACAAAAACAUUUGUUCCUAUUAUUGGGACAGAUUUGAACCGUUAAAGGCUAUUUUUUAUUUGUAGCGUGCUCCAAAUACUGGCCAGUGUGGGGUUAUAAAUUAUUAGUGAUAUUGACAUCGGGAGUUCGCGUCGCGCCGCAGUGGCUGCCGGCCCGCGCAUGCGCUCUGUACCAAACACUAAUGUAUUGUUCGUGUCAAAACAUUACUUGGAAAUCUGAGGCUCCGUAUUAAAUUCAAUAAAAGUGCUACUUCAUCACGACUUCGUUUACAUGUACACGUGUCAGGCGAGUUUCGAGAAAGAUGAGGCUUCCGAAAUUUGAUCUAUCAUUAAAAAAAGUUUGCAAACCCGCGAUGCUGGGGAGAAUUUGGCAAGCCGGCAGACGUGGUCUGACUCUCGAUCACACACCGUCACAUCAUUUUGCCUGUUCCCAGUGGCAGACUGGACAUAGACCAACAACCUCAUAUAUUGUCUAUAGAUGGUUAUUUUUCCUGUCAGCAUUAUCAAUUGGCAUAACAAGUUUCUCGUGUCAAAGACUUCCUGCUCUCUAUGAUGGGCCAAAAGUGGAGCUGAAUUACUUCAAGUGGUUCAUUUACUUCACUAACUGGGGAUACAUCCUCAUUGUCCUACAGGCAGCCUUAGCUUUAGCUGUUGUUUAUAAGUACAAGAAUCAGAAAACCUAUUGCAUACCUUGUGAUGACGAAGAGAUUCCAUUACCACGUCGUCAGAAGACACCAUUCCUGUGCCGUUUAUACUGGCUGAUGCAUAAUAUUGCCACGGACCUCGCGUUCGUUAUAACACUUGUUUAUUGGACAUUAGUCCAUGAUCCGAAAAUGCACGAGGUCAACGCAUUGAAUAUCUUAGUACACGGCUGUAACUCACUAGCGAUGUUGCUAGAAUUGGCUGUGACUGCCCAUCCGAUACAGGCUAUGCACGCUUUGUUCGGCGCCGGCGCAGGUCUUAUGUAUGGGAUAUUCAGCGCCUUCUAUUGGGCUGUAGGGGGAACGGAUAGAGUUGGUCUCCCGGCCAUCUACCCUGCAUUAGAUUGGAACAAACCUGGUUCAGCGUUCGGUUUCGUCGCCCUAUGUGCGGUAGUGAUGGUGUUUGCUCACGCUAUCGCCACCGUUCUCGCAAUAUUACGCAUGAAGUUAGCUGCGAAACUUCGACCGUCGGGCUCACAUCUCGACAAGUUCACUCUGCCUACACACUGAGGGUCAAUUAAACGGGAUUAGACUGGUUUUCAUAGGUCAAUGGACUACCCAAAUUUCAAUUACACUAGCAAAGGUGACCCUAAUUGCACAUAAUAAUACAUAGGUAGCAUUUCUAAUUAGGAUUCAGAUAACACAUGCCUCAUUGAGGUGUCAUAUCUGCUUAUAUAGGCUAAGGAAUAACUUUUAUUUAGUUUAAUUAAACCAAAACAAAACGUUUUCAUUGCAAACCGUACCUAAAGUGACAUUUGACAGAUGACGACUGACGUUCAAACAAUCUCUAUUCGAUUCGAAAUCUAUUUCCAAUUUUACGUAAUAUGUGGAGAAUUCCUCUUUCAAAAGUUAACCUAUUUCUUUUAUAUCUAUGAAGUUUGACAAUUCAGACUAUAGCUUUCAUUGUGACUCAAAGUUUAGCAAUAAGGUAAUAAAGUGCAGAUAACAUAAUUUCGCUGAUAAAUUAUAUGACUGUGAUCGUCAGUAUUAUUAAAGUAAGACCAUGAUCAUAUGAGAAUGAAUGAUAGAAUAAUUUAGCUUUGAGCAUUUAUAGUUUAAGUAUGUUUAUUGUAUUUUCAAGCUUUUUAAAUCUAUCUAUGGCGGUUUAAAACGUACGUUGUGGCAACUUUGGUAAAUUGGGUUAUUUAAUAAUAUUAUGUCAUUGCCUUAGUAUUAUAUACUUAUGUUAGCUUGUGUUAAUUGCAUGUCGUCUGUUAUCUACAGAUUGUAAUUCAAUAGGACAAUUUUAAUGUUAGUAAUAAAUUUAGAGUAUUGAUUUUAUGACAUGUUUUUUAACUACGUGUAUGUAAGCAUUUAACAUUACUCGUACGCUGAGAAACUGCUUGUCUUGGCAGUUGCAUAAUAAAUAAGUGAGCUUUUUCUAAGCUUUAGUGAAUUUUCAGCCCAGAGAGAUAAGAGCUCGAUAUGUGUUUUGUACAAAAGGCUGCCUCUAUGCCUACUAAGAGAAUGGCCAAGACUAAAGUAUUCGGAAGUUGUAGAACAAUGUCCCAGUUUUGAGUUUCUAUUAAUAAGGAGCACGAUUUUUGUAUAAAUACGCACUUUACGUGAUAUCGCAUCUUUUCUACAAUGUAUAAUGUACAUAUAUAAUAAAAUUCAGCGUCAUAAUAGAGUCAUCUCAGAAUUAUACAAGGUUUAUCCAGCUCGAAGCGGACUUGUAGAUUUAAUUUAGACGACGCGAGGAGAAUUCUAUUUUACUUGAUGUUAUAAUUGUCUAAAUUACCUAUAAUAAUACUUUUAUCGCAAAUAUGAGCACGUAUAACAUAUUUCAAAGGAAUAUUAAAAUAAUUAAAAAUCUUUUUAGGCGUUAUAAUGACAGUAACGUACUAAAGUGAUUUGACGUUAUUUAUGCUUCGUCUCCCUAAACACAUUUAAAUUUUCAGAAAGAUUUGAACGAACAAAUGAAUGCGCAUAGAAAUUCCUACCUUAUGUACUUUUUAUUUGAUGACAAAGUGCGCGCGACUCCUUAAAUUAGCUGCUUUAACCAUCGCAGACAUACAAAAUGGCUAUUUUCUCAAGAAACAAAUGCAAUUAAAAAAUCACCAAAAAAAGUUCCGUUACUUAGUUUACUGUAGUGUUUGUGAUUUGUAGAUUUAUAUACGAAUUGUUCCUAGCCUGAAUGUGUACGUAUAGGCACAACUCUGUGAUUGAUUUAGUGUAGUUAUGUACUGUCCGAAUGUCAUUUCUGUUUUAAGAUAUUAUUUGAGAACAGCUUUUACCUAAGUAUCGCCAAAGAGUUAAUUU